CUGACGUCAUCGUGUUGCGACGCCAACCGAGGGAACCUGGACCCGCUGAGCCGCAGUGGGAGUGGCGCGGACCUGCAGCAGGCCCUGAGAACCGUAAUUUUGGCCGACCCGGUGCCUGUGAGCGCCUCUCUUCCCGGGUUUAGAGAACAGUCUUAGCGGGCGCAGAGGAGUCCUCUUUCUAGGCUCGGUGGCGUUGAGCUUGCUGUGUCCUCGGGCCUGGUGAGCCUGGGCUGGAGUCUUGGCUGAUCUGAAAGGGUCUGUAUGUAGUCUUGGAGCUCGCUGUGUAGACCAGGCUGCCCUUGCACUCAGGUCCUACCGCCUCCUGAGUACUAGGAUUAAAGAAUAAUUUAAAAAUGACUACGCCAAACAAGACACCUCCUGGUGCUGAUCCUAAGCAGUUGGAGAGGACUGCAACAGUAAGGGAAAUUGGAUCUCAAGCCGUUUGGUCACUUUCUUCGUGCAAACCAGGUUUUGGAGUGGAUCAAUUACGAGAUGACAAUCUAGAAACUUACUGGCAAUCUGAUGGCUCUCAGCCUCAUUUAGUGAACAUCCAAUUCAGAAGAAAAACAACAGUGAAGACAUUAUGUAUUUAUGCAGACUAUAAAUCUGAUGAAAGCUACACUCCAAGCAAAAUCUCAGUCAGAGUAGGAAAUAAUUUUCACAACCUUCAAGAAAUUCGGCAACUUGAAUUGGUGGAACCAAGUGGCUGGAUUCACGUUCCUUUAACUGACAAUCAUAAGAAGCCAACUCGCACAUUCAUGAUACAGAUUGCUGUUCUAGCCAAUCACCAGAAUGGAAGAGAUACCCACAUGAGGCAGAUUAAAAUAUACACACCAGUGGAAGAGAGCUCCAUUGGGAAGUUUCCUAGAUGCACAACCAUCGAUUUCAUGAUGUAUCGUUCAAUACGGUGAUUUUAAAUUUGACAGAACUGAAACAGACAUUUGCCUUGUCCUAUCAUUGCAUAUUGUAUUAAGUGUCUCUUUUGAAGCCAAUCCUUACAUUUUUCUUUUUAUUAAAAGAAAACUAGUUAAAUUGAAAAAUUUGAGAUGUACAUAAUUUUUACCAGCUUGAUGGUUAUUUCAUAAAUGAUUGUUAGAUAUUUGGGAACAAAACUUUUCCUGGUAUAUUUGUAAUUUUCAGUAGCAUGAGGUUAAUUUUUAAGGGAAAUUAAAUUUUUUAAUGUAAGUUUUUUUUAACAUAUUAUCUAAAUAAACUGGCACUGAAUGUCUGUUAUAA